AUGGCGAAAACGCCAGUGUCCGAUCUAUAUGAGAGGUACAAAAUCGGCACCAAUCGCAUCGUCGAAUGGUUGGCCGAGACUGGAGGCUUGCGUAAGACGAACGCAGCUGGAUUGGAGGGUGAGGGUGAGUUCAUCACGGUCACCACGAAUGAUAUCACUGCUCUUGCUCAGCAGAUACUCGCCGAUUCGAGCUCCGCGAAAGCAGCACCGGACGGCUUGCAGAACACGAUAUGCGUGCUUGAGAGUCAAGCGCAAAAUGCCGAUAACAAGCAAGACAAGAAACAGAACCGUCCCAAGGCCGGACACCAGCAUUUCAUCGACGUUCUGCGCGGCGCUCUGACAUGUCUGAAAGAAGUUCUUGCGAAAUUUGCUGUCCCUGAGAGCGGUCAUCGUAGACGCCGGGGAGCCAAGAAUACUGCCAGGGCACGAGGAAAUCCACCGAACAACGAUGUCUUUCGCAACAUCUAUCAAGGUCUCCAACUCGAUGAAAGCAGUGACAUCGACGGCAUCCAGGUGACUUUGGCGACGACCAAUCUUCAAUCCGACGGCAGAGCGUUCAAGCCAACUUUCAAGCUUGAGUCGCUCGAAGAAGACAAAGAAUUUGCCAUGUGGUGCUUGCUACGGGACUGCCACGAAAUUCGGGACUUCAUUCGAUCGCUUUGGGAGUCAUACGCGAAUGGUCAGGUCACCAUCAUGACUGCAGCGGAUGUUACAGAGAAAGCUUUCGUCCUCAUUGGCCGUGCAGCGGAAAUUUUCGCAGCUGAUUUUCCAUCGCUUGCGACGUUCGACCAAAUAGCAGAUCAUAUCGGAUGGAAAUCUGUUGUCGAGGAUCCGAGAGACGAAGAAUCGGUACACCAGAACCCCCUCCUUUGUAUUCCCGCGUACAUCGAAAUGAGCCGUUCGCGAGAGCUCCACGGUCUCUCGGAGAAAGAAGUAGGCUCGAAGCAACACUUGGAUCUCUUGGAGGAAGUGAGGAGCAGCCAACUAGGAGCCCGCCUUGUCGACAUGGUGAUUGAGAGGGAGAAUCGUGGCAACGACUGGGUCCAGCUACUCGCGGUGUUCUGCGACACAUUCAUUGGGCAGCAAUUCGAGGCACAUUGUGAUGGCAUCCCCCUCAAGAUCGCUACGGUCAUCAAUUACCAGAUCUACAUGGACAUCAUCGCCAUCACCGCCAGGAACAAAUACUCGGUUCCAUGCGCAUUAAUCGAUGCUCAUGGACUUAUCAAUCGCCGUCUCAAUGACUUUGGAUCCAAAGCAGAGGACGCAAUCAAGGACCAUAUAUUCAGAAAGAAGUUUUUGACAUGCGCCAAGCGUCAACAGAUUUUACAGAAUCUCACCAAUGUUCCCAGAUCUUUGAUACUGGAAGCAGGUGUUGGAUACGCACGCUUUUCAGAAUCUACGAUUACCAACUUCCCGGUAUUCGCAGGACGCAUCUCGGUCCACAACUUCGUGGCGAGCUCAAUCGAUGGCCUAGAAGCUUGCGACGAGGAAGGGAUCUCGACAUGUGUCGCUACCCUGUACAGAGCAUGCCGCACCUCCGGUCUUCUUCGCAAGAGCUGGAAAGACAUGGAACAGCUGAUCGGCCGAGCCGACCCCAAAUCUAUUGGAUUCCGCGAUCUAAACAGCAGCGAGAAGCCUUUGAGACAAAUCGCGAAGAAUUUCGGCCUUGCCAUGGGGGUCUCUGCCAGAGAAUAUAGCAAAGAGAGCAUAGCACGCAGAGGAGGCGCCGACGCACGAGUCCCACUCCCCACUCCCAAACAGGUCGAAGGCCGUCGACAGCACCUCCAAGCCCUUUCACCGCAGCUUGCCCACCGACUCGACUUCGAACAGGCUCUGAAAGUCGUCGGUCUACCAAUGGGUCAAGCAGCCCUGACGACUCUCCAUAGCACAGUUUCUUCGAUCCUCGAUGAUGAUGAAAACCCCAUCGACGCCGAUAUCAAAGUCCGUUGGCAAUUUACCCGAAAAUUGAGUCACGUCGAUCUCCUCUCCGUCUGGACCUCUGUCCUCGAUGUCCCAGGAACUCGAGCGGGUUUCGAUUUCCAUGGUUUGUUCCUCAAAUUCUGCUGGUAUAUGGAUCAAAUCAGGCAGAAUCGCGCGGAUUUCCCGAAGGAUUGGACGUUGAUACAGGUUGUGGAUGAGGUUCUUUGGGAGGCUGCGGCUGUGGAGAGCAAUGGUGGUGGUUUGCGUGCGUUGGGUGCGACGGCGCUGGGGUUUGUUGCGAGGUUGUUUGCGCAGGAAGAGAAGCCUUCGGAGUUUUACGAUGGGGCUGAGCUGGCGCAUGCAGGACAGCUGUGUCAAAAGUAUAAGAUGAAGGAGAGAGCUACAUAG